AUGCUUUCAUAUGGGGGAGCGCGUAACCCGCGUUUUCCCACACCGAUGGAGGACGACGCGGCGAUUGCCACGGCAUUUCUGGCCGUCAUCUCUUCGUCUCCGUCCUCACCCUCCGCUAGACCAGCGCCGCAGCGGGCGGCUCUGGGCAGCAAAGGGAUGGCCUUCGGCCGCUACAACUCAUCUCCCGCUCCGUUGGGCGACCCCGACAGCUGUUAUCCCAGGCAGAGAAUGAUCAAGAGGGCCCUCGCCAUCAUGAGGCAGAUCGGCUCCACGAAAGCUUAUACAAGGACUCAGGAAAGCCCCCGACCCGUCGCCACCCAGUUUCACCACUUGAUGACGGAGAGGAAGCGCCGGGAGAAGCUCAACGAGAGCUUCGCUGUACUGAGGACGUUGCUCUCUCCGGAUACCAGGGUACGUAGCGUGGCCACUAAAUACCGCUGCACUGCUGAAAGAUUAACGAAAUCACGUCACGCUGCCCAUAAAUGAACGAUGUGACACGCUAUAAUCCGAGUUUUGCUCCGCCUUCUUUGAUUCGUGUGCUCUUCUCGUAAUCCCGACGUGAUACAAAAAAGCUGAAACAGAUGUGUCGUGCGAUCGAACAGAUGGGUUUACUAAACUCAUCGUCAGUUAGUCCCAUAUUUCAUGUGAGCAUUGUCAUGAUUUUGAUUGUUCUUCGCUGUUGAACUCACUCAUACGAUCUUGAAUUUUCCUAUCAGAAGGACAGGGUGUCUGUUCUUGCAGGCACCAGAGACUGCAUGAACGCCAUGAGGGAACAGAUAUCGUGCCUCGAGGAGAAGAACCGGGCGCUGGAGGCACACCUUACGGCCCCGGAAGAUCCCACGGACGAAGCCGAGUCCUCAGGAGAGAGAGUGGAGAUCCGAGUAAACAGAAUGCCGGAAUCAUCAUCGUCCCAAUUGGGGCAUCAGAUAGAGCUGAGGGUGACCGUGAGAGUGAAAUGCGACGCCGUGGGGCUUCUUCUCCGGGUACUCAGACGCUUGAAGGAGAUGGGAAGUCUCAGCGUCGUCUCCAUGGAAGCCCGCGGCUUCUCCCGCCAUGGGAAUCCGUUCGGACGUGCCAUUUUGAAAAUUCAGAUUGAGGUACGGAGGGUCAAAACACUUUUUCCGUUGUUUCAAUGGAAUUCGUUGGGGAGCGGUUGGUUUGGCCGCCUCGUCGGGUGUUCUUCCUUUCACACGCGAAGAUGACGCUGCAUGACCAUUAGAUACCACAUGACUUUGAGGUUCUCCCGUCAACAUCCAGGAAAUCUUAGGGUUUAAAGCACGAGCUCUAGGAAAGGAAUGAGGAUGACCCACCAACCGGCUCAUAAAAUCUGCCUCAUUCUUGUAGGUUUUAUCGUUAUGGCGAGUGAUCACGACAGAUUAGUGAUCUGGUUGGUGCACGCAGGUGGGCGAAUGGGACGAGGCCGCCUUCAUGGAAGCCGUCACCAGCGCGGUGGACGAUGGAUUGGCGGCACCGAGAUAA